GCCAGGGAGGGGUCUUAAUGUCGCGUCACUUAGAAUGUUUUUCGAAAAGAGCAGCAAUACUCAGAUGCACGGCACCGUGUAAACAACAAGACACGAGCGCUGCGAGUGUGACCAGGUACAAAUGUUGUAAGGCUCCACGGUGUCGUAAAAUCAGAAGGACAACACAACCUUUAGCAACAAUGACGGUACUUUUUGGUACGCUGCUUUGUAGUCAGUCGGACGCUUUACAAAAGCGGUGACCGUGUUCGCUGAAUCAACCGCCCGUCUCUCAGGCACAGAAUACACAAAUCAAACCCCUUCACGACCAUGUUGGCUGGCAGACCGCUGUUGCACAGUCGAAGCCACAUAUUGAUUUCGAAAGGUGUUAGAGUGUCCAGUCUUCACACCAGUCCGAGAAAGAGGACAGACGCCUGGAAUGGAUUGUAUCCUGGGCACAUCCCGACCACAGCGGUCCAGAAAGCACUGUUGGCUGUCGGGUCUGGUGUUGCCGCUCUGCAAGACCCGUAUAGACACGACAUGGUUGCAGUUCUGGGCGAGACAACUGGACACUUUGCACUGAAAAAGCUCAGGGACCGAAUGAGGAACGACCCCGAAGGCUACGCUGUCUUAACGGAGCGACCCAGGAUUCGGCUUUCGACUCUGGACUUGGAACAGAUGGCCUCUUUACCCGAGGGAACAUUUGGACGGGAAUAUCUCCGUUUCCUGGAGGACAACCACGUGACCCCCGACUCCCGAGCAGAUGUGAAGUUUGUGGACGAUGAAGAAUUGGCCUAUGUCAUGCAGCGCUACAGAGAAGUCCACGAUUUGUUGCACACCUUGCUGGGAAUGCCCACCAACAUGCUGGGCGAGGUGGCGGUGAAGUGGUUCGAGGCGGCGCAGACCGGACUUCCCAUGUGUGCCCUGGGAGCUGCGCUGGGCCCUCUCCGGCUCAAUCUCAGUCGUCUGCAGUCACUGGCUACUGUCCUGGGACCCUGGGCCUUACAGAACGGCCGGCGUGCGCGCUGCGUUCUCAGCAUCUUCUAUGAGCGCCGCUGGGAUCAGAGCCUGGAGGAGCUCAGACGCGAGCUCAAAAUCGAGCCGCCGCCUGUCACGCUUGGGAUCCGCAGAUGAGAUUGAUCUGACAGUUGAGCUGUGCUCAUUGUGAAAACGUCCAGGAAUCAUUGAGGAAGAAGCCUUUAGGGGAAUUCAACAUUUUUUUUUGAACAAUUUCCUCAAGGCGAAAUGUCAUCAGUUCCUGUUUCUGUUUAUUUCAAAAUCAGCGGCCGCCAUCUUAGUCUGAGGGUCAAAGUUUAAGAAUGGUCUCCUUUAAUGACCUUAAAUCUUGAACACAUUUAUGCAAUAUAUAUAUAUAUAUAUAUAUAUAUGUUUCUAUUUAACGGAUAUGACGGAUUAUAAAUGUUAAUAAAUGACAAUGUCAAUCCUUUGGUGAUGGUGAUCUUCAGUUAAUGAAUGCACAAACUGUUGAUCAAUAGCUGAGUUUUACAGGUCCAGUGAACUCAAGUUCGGCAUUGAUCGUCUGCACAAUGAGAGCUUUUAACAUCAGAAGCACCUUUCACUGUGCUCACAGAUAUCUUCAACCUUUCAUGGACGCAUUUUAGUUCCCUUCAAGAAGUUACAAAACAUGCAAGAAAACAGUCGUGCAGAUAUCUGUCAAACUCAAACAGAAGAAGCUUUCUGUAACUAAGAAAAGGAUACAGUGAAGUGAAAGUGAUGUAAGUUGAAACAGGUCACCUCAUUGUCAUGUCAGCCUGUUAUCGCAGCAGUAAAAUCUGAUGAUCGGACAAAGUGAAAGGGCAUUCGUGUAUCAAAUUUGCUCAGUGAAUCCCCCUUGAUAAGGUCAACGUUUCAUCUGCCUAAAUCCAAACUUGAUUGGAUUUUUAUACCCUUGCCCCGUUUCAGUCAAAGUCAAAGGAAAUAGAGGGAACAAAAUUCAUGAAAUAAUAUUGCGAUAAAUCGAAUUAAAUGGAAGGCUUUUUAGAGAAAAAUAAGCAAGAGUCUAAGUAGUAAAAAGUUUUUGGGGGAUAAUGAGCAUCCGCUAUGAGAGAAAGGAACCUUGUGCUAAUACUACUACUAUUAUUAUUAUUGAUAUUGGCUUUGUUUAGAACUUAUUGACUCAAAACUAUUUAUACUAUUAUAUAAUACGUCACUUAAUUUAAUAAGUAAAAACGUAAACAUAUUUGCAAGUUCGUCCAUAUUAUUCUAAAAUAUUGGCCAGCUAAACAGACGUUAAUACAUUAUUCCAUGUUUAUGUUUUGAAGUCCUCUCGCUUCUCGCCUCACGCUUAUCAGAAUACACUUGGGGGUGAAAAGACUCGACCUGAUGCGCUCGAGUCGCUGUCUGAACAGUUGCUAAGGUGCAAAAGCGCUCUGAUCAAAUGCAGACGACAAGGUGCUCUAGUCUCGCCUUCCCUUCCUUUCUAUUCAGUGAAAUCUUGGCUCAGGUGACGCCACUACACUCGUGACUCGCCGAGUAGGCAAAGA